UCGCCAAUGCUCUUCAUCACUAGGCCACACGCUUUUACGCACAGAUCUAAUCAAAACGCCCUUUAUCAACCUCCUCUCUCUUCCGAUUUCUCCUCCCGCGGCCACGCCAUUUACGAUUUCCUCAAGUCUCCCUCUCGUCCUCCUUGACCACCUCCCAAGAUGUGUUAUGCCCAUGGGUCCAUCGAUCAGGCAGUAAAGACCUGCCCAAUGUGCAGAGUUUUCCCGCAUGGCCGCGGCUGUCCCCAUACACGAGAGGUCUGCAGAAACAGAGCCAAUCACCCACGAUGCGAUGUGGUCUAUAUCAAGAACGCCGAAGUCGACACGUUCAACGGCUGCGGCUAUUGCAAGUGGGCGAAGACCAACCCCCCUGCCAAGACCGCAGGCUACAACAAUCAAGGGUGGCCUGGAUGCUGUCGCCCGCCUACCCCCUCCGAGGUCAAGCACAUCCCCGCUGCGGACUGGAAGGCGGUCAGCAUUGUUCACCACGUCCCAGUCCCUGCCGACGUGCGUGCCUUGCUCGACCGUGCCGCUCCGCCGAUGCGUACACAGUCUGGCAGCCCUACCGGUCGCAGCCCUACCAGCCCUAAUGUCCCUGGAAAGGCGAUGCCCCAGCUGGAUCGUCGGAAUAGCAAUCCCUCCCCUAACCCGCGGCCGAAGUGGGGUUCGUCGACGCCACCAAAGACCCGCAGCCCGCAGCUUCCUCGCAGUGGCUCGGCCGAGCGCGAGAAGAUCUCGAGCAAAGUCAAUGACCCGGACGCACCUCUGCGCAAAUCCAGCGAGCACGAUGGUACCCCACGCCGUCAGGCGACCACAACCAAGUCUUCAUCGACCGUGCCUGUGUCUCAAGUGACCUUCCACUCGAAGUCGGGCACUCCGCCAGGUUCGAAAAGCGGGAGCCCGCCGGGAAGCCUUGCGUCCGUCAACACUCGAAGUAGCGAAAUACGUGGUUCCAUCAAGCGGGCGUCCACCGAACGUCGUGGUACCAUCACUCAAUCUGCUGCGCCCCAGGUGUCACUGUCUUCGACUCUCGCCACGCUCAGUAUCGCGAAGAGCAGCCAUUCUUCAUCCAAGAACUCCUCGUCGUCUCAUUCAUCUGGCGCGUCAUCUAUCUCCGACACCUCGUCAUCCAGCGGUAGCAUGACGGACGGUACCGUGACCAGCGAUGGAGGCUUCACUGAUUACCUCUCGGAUGAUAGCGAGGAAGAGCUCCAACGCCAGGCAGAGGCGCGCGCGGUGCUAGUGGCUCAAGAGGAGGCCCUUCGCGCGCAGGCCACGGCGGAGGAGAUGGAAUUCAAGGCGGCGCGCCAGCAGCUCGUGCAUGUCGACCUGCGCCCUCCCCGCAGCUGGGCGAACCCCAGCCGCGAGCGCGUCGCGCAAAGGACCUGACAGCCGACCGGUGCACAGGCAUAACACGAAAUGGACAAAACUUCGUAUACAGGGCAAACAAGAUCUAUCGGAUGACGAUCACGAACCUCCUUGCCUCCCAAUUAUGGGUGCUUGGAAGGUUUCGUAUGUCUCCUUACUCACUGACAUCCCACUAUAUAUCAGCCAACUGGCCAAAGUCGCGCUCCCUUCUCUCACUAAGUCCACCAUCUCACGAAUAUACCGAUCCCCAUCUAUGUCUGACUCUUACGGUUAUAUGCUUUCCAGGUUGCUUUUCUCGCGUCUACACACCACAUACGUCUACUGUUGUCACACUCGAGGCAUAUCUGUAUCUAUACCACUCUUUCUCCUCUCUAGCAAGGUACCUACGUGUACUACAGUGUACUUGUGCGGUUUGAACUUGAUGGAUUGGCGUGCAAAACAUGAC